AUUUCCUUGUUUGUCCAGUGUCCCGACCGCGGACGCGGGACAAACAAGGAAAUAUCGGGACAGUCCCGAUAAAAUCGGGACGUCUGGUCACCCUAGGGUAGGCAGAGGAGAAUUAGUGGGUUUGUGGGGACAUGGGGCAGAGCAAGUGGUGGGGCCCCUUCCCACCCCUUCUACCUGCAGGCUCCCAUCUUCCUCCCUGGGCACUCCAGCCAGGGAGUGGGGUCAGGGCAUGGAGACUUGCCGGAACUCCUGCAAGACCAUGUGCCCUGACCCUGCUCCCCAGCAGGAGCGCUGGGUAGGUCGGGGUGCAGGGGCACCCAUUUUUCUGGGGGUCCCCAAUUGGCAAAGGCCCCGUUGGGUCAGUGGUUAAUCUGCCACUGUGGGUAGGCCAAAUCUGAGUGGCACUGCAACCCCAUGAGCCAGGUCACAACUCCACUUUCACAAAUCUGAUCCAGUCGCGGGGCAGGGGCCAAACCGUAAUGACAUUACAAUCCUGGAGCUUGCAACGACUGAAGCAGAGAGACCAGCUCAGCUCAGCCAGCCCCUUGGCACGGGAACUGCAGGAACCACCACUGUGGGGAAGACCAUGUAAACCACUAGAACUAGAAAAUGGCAGAGUGCAUUUAACCAGUUUCCGGUUUGGUGCAACAGCAAACUUCUCCUGUAGUGAAGGUUACAAAUUAAUUGGCCGGACUUCUGCCCAAUGUGUGCUUGUGAAAAAUGGAGUUGAUUGGGAUCAAGAGGCUCCAUUUUGCAAAGCAAUACCUUGUCUUCCACCUCCUGAUAUCACCCAUGGAUCCCAUAAUGCUCUGAGUGGAGAAGAGUUUUUCUUUGGCUUAAAAGUAACUUACAAAUGUGACCAGGGCUUCUCUCUUAUUGGAGAGGCCUCCAUUCAUUGUACAAUGAAAGAUAAUGUCAAGGGAGAAUGGAGUGGGCCUGCCCCUGAAUGCAAAGUGGUCAAGUGUCCAGAGCCAGAAGUCAAAAAUGGAAAAAAACACUCUGGGUUUGGACCUGACUAUUCAUAUGGAAACAUUGUAAUAUUUGAAUGUGAUUCUGGCUACACUCUGAAGGGUAGCAGUUCAGUUAAAUGUGAAGCUAAUAAUUCAUGGGUUCCAUCUUUGCCAACUUGUCUACGCAUACUACAUACUUCUCCUUCAGGAGGAAUAAAAGAUACUUCUGCAAGAUCAUGCCCUCACCCUGGAAAACCAGAAAAUGGCAGACUUGUUGUUCUAACAGAUCUCAUGUUUGGUGCAACAAUAAACUUCAUCUGUGAAGAGGGGUACAGACUAAUUGGACAUGCACAAAGAAAAUGUGUGCUUGAAGGAUCACAUGUUAAAUGGGACAAAGAUAUUCCAUACUGUCAAUUGAUAGCUUGCCUGCCUCCUCCAGAAAUAGAGCACGGGACACAUACUGGGACAACGAUGGAGGAAUUCAACUAUGGGACAUCUGUCACUUACCAGUGUAACACUGUAGAGAGGGGACAGGUUCCUUUCUCGCUUAUUGGAGAGCCCUCCAUUAACUGUACAUCCACAGAUAAUGUAAAUGGAGACUGGAGCGGGCCUGCCCCUGAAUGCAAAGUCGUUCGCUGUGAACAGCCAAGAGUUGACCAUGGAAAACAGAUGACUGGGUAUAGUCCGGUAUACACCUACGGAGCCUCUGUUCUGUUUGAGUGUGACCACCGCUACACCCUCAAAGGCAGUAACGUACUUCAUUGCAAUGAAAAUAGUAGAUGGGAUCCUCAGUUACCAGUUUGUGAACGAAGUGUCAUAUGGUGACGACCACCUCCUUCAAACUGACCCUGCAGCCCUUGGUUGCCCAAGAUUCAGGGACAGCCAGUUUGAUGUCUCCUUUGCUCUAAGAGAGGAAAUAGUGACUGCUGUAAGCUUGCAUGCCACUGUGCUGACACAGCUCCAUGAUACUUCGGUUAAAUGACUCGUAUGCUGAAAACAGGGAUUUGAGUUUUAUUCUAUUGCAGGCAGUGUUGCCGAGUGGAUAGAGCACUGAAGUGGGACUCAGGAGACCUGGGUCCUAUCCCUGCUGAGUGACCUUGCGCAAGUCACUUCCUCACUCUGUGGCCCAGUUUCCCCUGUAAAACGGGAAUGAUGAUACUGAGGUUCUUUGUAAAGUGCUUUGAGAUCUACUGAAGAAGAGCUAUGUAUUGCUGUUUAUGUAUUGUAUAAGUUCUUAAACUGCACUCAUCACCAGAAUAUCUGAGUGCCUUCCAGUAUUGCAUUAAAUAAUGUAACUAUG